UCGUCAUCGCUUGAAGCGCCUUUACAAAAGUUAACAUUACAAUUGUUUUUAUUUUUGCUGGUUUGUGUCGAAAUGUCGUGGGAAAAGCUUAAGAGGGAGAUAACUAAUGUGGAUAACAAAGUGCAAGCAUUGAAUGCAAAGUCCAGAAACUCUGUACAGGAAGUUGGCGCAGCCAUCGAGGAGUUCGAACACUUUCAAGCGGCAAAGGCGUCUGACAGACGGCGUCUCUUUGAAUCAAACGAGCAGUUGCUGCAAAUUGAAGUCGAGCAGGAAACGAUAAAAAAGAAUGCUCAAGCAUUGGACAACAAUGACCUAUUAGUACUGGCACAAAUGUUGGCGCUCAAUUUCAAUAAACUGGGCUACAACCUGAACGUGAGUCGUGAUGCGGACAACAUGAACAUGGCGCUCUACAGGUUUGAUCACGGACCCGAUCGCUAUAUUACUGCCCGUGUGGAAAAUGGUCAGCUGUCGCUUGUCCAAAUGUGUCCACAACAUCCAGGAUUCUUAAGGAUCAAAGAAUAUCUAAGUGAAUCACAGGAUUUAAUCGGUUUACUAACUAGCUUUGCAACCAAAUAGUUAUUUUUUAAGAACUAUAUAUACAUAUAACUAUUGUUGAUUGUAAUUAAUACGUGUAGCUGCUUAAACUGUUCUAUAAUUACUAAUUUCAACUAAAAGUGCUUGGAUGAGUUAACAAUGCCAUCAAUUUUAAAAUUAAUCCAAAAAAAUGAUGAUCAUUAAGAUUUAACAUUAAGACUUUUU